AUCUCAGAAACAAGAAGCGGAGACAAAAAACAAACCAAGUGUCAAACUUACAAUGAUUGGCUCAAUUGCCCCAUAUGUAAGUAAAUUCCGACGGAGUUACCAGUCUAACGAUAUCAUCGAUCGACUAAACUACCAGUAUACUGCACUCGUAAUUGCCUUUGCUGCCUUCACACUCGCUGCAACUCAGUAUGUGGGAAAACCGAUACAGUGUUGGGUGCCCGCACAGUUCACUGGCGCUUGGGAGAAAUAUACGGAAACCUACUGCUUUAUAAAAGGAAGUUAUUUUCAACGUAUUGGUGAAGAAAUACCAGACGAAUAUGUUCUUCGAGAACGGAAGGAAAUUCAUUACUAUCAGUGGGUGCCCAUUGUUCUUGCGAUACAGGCUUUUCUCUUCUAUUUUCCGUGUCUUAUUUGGAAGGCUUUAAAUUUUAGAUCUGAUAGUGACGAUAUUAUUAGUAAGCUUAAUUAUCGGUACUCCUCGCUGAUAUUGCUGACUACGGGAAUGACGUUAGCUGGAAUGCUUUACAUAAAACAGCCAAUUCAAUGCUGGUUUCCAGCCGAAUUUACUCUGCAAUGGGAAAAUUAUGCAGAAAGCUUUUGUUUUGUACAUGGUUCUUACUUCGUCAAAGACGCCACUGAUCAGUCUGCUGACAAUCUAGACGAAGACUGCAUUUUUGACCGAUCUAAAUUUAUUGGGUUCUAUCAGUGGCUACCUUUGCUUUUAAUACUACAAGCAUUCAUGUUUCUCAUCCCUUCAUUUGUAUGGCAAAUAUUCAGUGGAAAAUCUGGCAUCAAUGUAAAAGGUGUUUUGAACUCAGCAGCACAAGUUAAGAAAAAAUUUGACAAAAGUUCAAGGGCAUCACAGGUUCAAACUGCAGCAAACCAUCUUGAAGAAGCCAUGGAAAUGCAGAAGGAAUUGAAAACUGGUACUAUGGAUGUAUUGCAUUUCAGUAAAAGACGUGGUAUUUAUUUGGUUGCCUUAUACCUGGUUUCAAAGAUAAUAAUGAGGUCCACAAAGCAUAUACCGCAUAACUUACGCUUGUUGACUUGUUCUAAAAAAAUUUGUUUGCAGUUACUGUAUGUGAUUAAUGCAAUGUUACAACUCGUGAUUUUGAAUAUGUUCCUGGGACCUGAGUACAAACUUUGGGGAUAUGGGAUACUAAUGGAUUUGUUGAAUAACAAAAUGUGGAGGGAAUCAGGUCAUUUUCCACGAGUGACGAUGUGUGAUUUCCAUGUCCGUGUGUUGGGUAACAUACAUCGAUGGACGGUACAGUGUGUCCUUAUGAUCAACAUGUGGUGGCUAAUAUUUGUUGGAGUGCUUUCGAUCCUGUCAUUGCUUUAUUAUCUGUUUGCACUGGUAUUCAAAGGAAACCAGAGAUAUUUUGUGGAACGGUAUCUACGAUGUAGUGGAGCAGUUUCUGCAACUCCAAAUCUCCGAGAAAACGGACAACUGUCAGAUUUUACUGACAAGUAUCUAAGACCCGAUGGAGUGUUUUUAUUACGGCUAAUUGAGACUAAUGGAGGUGACCUUUUAGUGGGAGAGAUCACCACAGCUCUUUUCGAACGAUACAAAACAAAAACUGAAAACAGUUUUGCUACACUGCCAGCCACGGAAAGUCCAGCAAGCACCAGUCCGUUGCAGCGAUAAAG